UCCUGCCUGGGUCGCCAUGACUUGUGAAACAUUAGAUUAUGGGGGAUUAUGUUAGUGCCAACUUGGAAGAUGGAAGGCUGCAAGCGCGCAAUCGUUCCAGAUUAGGAAGGCACAAGUGAGGAGCGCUUUCACAUGUUGUUUCCAAGUGUGCGAGCCCCGACUGUCCACGACGCAUUGUUUUGCGUCUUUCCGAUUGUUUUCCUUCUUUCCUUCUUAUCCAUCCACCGCACCAUCAUGUCCAACCUCAUGCAGUCAACCGGCGAAAUGGCCAACACCAUCGAUGAUGGCCAAGAUGCAAGUCAACUUGACUCCUACGCCGACGGCUUCGAUUUCACCCUGCCUCUUCGCUUCACAAGCCACCAUGACCUUGUUGUAGCAUCUCUAUCCGGAGCUAACAACAUCAAACAUAAUGCUUUCGUCCGUCAAGCUCUCGAAGAUGGUCGAUACUAUGUGCGUGACUGGACCAGGCUGCACACUGGUUGGACCUCUCAAGACAGCAACCUCGAGUGCAACCAUGCUGCGCCUUGGAGACGCUACGAUGGACGACCGGUGAAGGCGACCACAAUAGCGGCAUACGAGCACAUGUUUGGCGAGCCGGGUGUGCUCUGCUGCGAAGACGGUCGUUCGGCCCUCUGUCGCAUCUGGCACCACAACCUCAAGAUCUGUCGCAAAUGCGACACCCUUUACUGCGGACCUUGUGGUAAGAUGCAUGAGGAUCCCGCUAAGGAAAACACAAAGCAUCGAGCCCGCCCUGCGGCUCUGAAGAGAAAAGCAAAGCGCGCCAUCGAGCGUGGACUUUGAGUAUAGAUCCUGGUAGCCGGUCACAGUCCGGCCGAAAGGCUAGAUCUCGUGAAGUUUGAUCCCACCCUGUCUUUGCUGUUCUGGUUCUCAACACAAGUAGCAUUAGCUUUCGAUACAGUCCGGCCGAAAGGCUUGUCAACGUCGUCUCCUCGCAGAAAUCUGGCUGGUGGUAUCAGUAGUCAUCGUAGUAACAAUCAAUACAUGUCCUUAUCCUGAUCACCUGCAAUGUAGUUGUCCAAGGAAAUUAGAGAGAAGCGCCGCUCUCAGUGGACAUUCACUUGAUCAUCAAAAACAUCCUGCCUUUUUACCGCUAGGUUAGAAGCCUCAAAGGGGAGAGGGAGCUCGGAGAAGCCUCGAAGGGGUGAGGGAGUUCGGCAGGAUCAAUCUCCCUACGACUACGUCUACGUUGGCCACUGAGCUAUGCUCUCACUGGACAGGCUCUCCGAUCACAAUACGUUCGUGCAUAUUGAUAGCUAGAUUCAUGGUUG